AUGGCUCCACAAAGUAAUGUUGUUAGAAUUAGUGAUAUUGAUCUUUCUAUUUCGCCAAAAGAAGUAAAAAUAGAGGUAGAAAAUCUUCUCUCAAAAGAUUAUAAAUCAUUUGCAGUGUCCAUUGUGAAGCCCAGACGAAGAAACACCCGUCUGGCAUUUGUAGAGUUUAAAAGUAGCAAAGAUGCGGCUGAAAUGGUCGAGAAGUAUCAUAAUGGGUUACAGCUUUUUGGCAACAUUGUCAGAGUAGCCAUCGAUCGUUCUGAUUAUGGAGAGGGUAAAGGUGAAUAUUCCCACCUCAUUGAUGAAGUACAUACACUGAUUUCAAAAUUAACCGACGAUGAUCGAGAUCAGAAGCCUAGUAGUUCUAGAUCGCAUGCUCCUCGUGAUGGCAGAAGACCGGGUCAGACUUUAUAUGUUGGAAAUUUAAAUAGAAAUAUUUCUAAAAAAGAUUUACUGCUAGUUUUUGAAAAAUUUGGCUUCGUAGAUAAAAUAAUAAUUCAUAAUCAGAGUCCUUCUAAUACUUUUGCAUUUGUCAAGUUUUUCAACCUGUUUAUGGCUAAAAAAGCUCUUAGAUGUAUGAAAGACAAAAAGAUAUUAGGAAUCAAAGUUACAUGUAACUUUGCCAAGUCGAUCAUAUCAAAAUAUUUAUGGAUUGGUGGGCUGGGUCCAUGGGUUGAUCCGAUUCUACUGAGAAAAAAACUUGAAGAAUUUGGUGAAAUCGAGAGGUUAGAAUGGCCAACUAAUAAAAAUUUUGCCUAUGUAGAAUUUUCUGAUGUCAACAGUGCGACAAGGGCAAUGGAGAAACUUUGGGGAUCUAGAUUAGGCAAAAGAAAGUUGUACCUCGACUACUCAGACCACAGCCUGAUGACAUCUGAUUUGAAUUAUUCAGAUACAUAUUUAGGUGGUGAUUCCAACAGUGAGGACGAUGAAGCUGGCUACAGUAGGGAGUAUGACCACAAAUAUAACACCAAUAAACUACAUGCACUACCUCAACAGCUUAUUUAUGAUGAAGAUAAAUAUUACAGAAGACAUCCUGAUGAUGAAGAUGACUACCAUAGAUCCAGAGAUAUCUCACCAUCGGGCGUCUAUCAUGAAAAUCGAGACAGAAAAAAUUACACCAAAGAAUCACCAUUCGAUGGUUACCCCGUCAAGAAACAUAGAGAUGAUGAUGUUAGGAGGGAAAAAGAUUACUUUGAUGACGUCAUGUACAACAGAAGAAAUGAUGAGGAUGACUUCAGAGAUUCGAGAGAUUUUCCUGAAAGGCCAGUUAGAGAUCCUGAUAUAGAGUAUUAUCCAUCAUACCAUGAUGAUGAGAGAUCAUACAGAGAUAAAGCACCCGUGUUUGAGGAUAAAUAUAGAUAUGAUGAAAAACAUGUUAGCAGGAAAUCUAAAAGGGAUGAUUAUUAUCAUUCCAUAGAUGAUGUUCCUAGAGAGAAGAAAAAUGACAGAGGUAUUAAAUGCACCAUCAAGAAUGACUUAUGUAAUUCCUCGAUCAGAGAUGAUGAUAGCGAUCAUUCUAGAAGCUUCAAGAAAAGAAAGGAAGAUUCCAUAAUUGUUGAUGUUCCACCAUCUUCUAAAAAACGUAGUCUGAGCAAAGACAGUGUAAAAUAUGGAGAGUCAGUGCAUCAUCGAUCUCGCACAAACCUGCUUGAUAGAAAUGAAUAUUCACCGGAACAUCAACCGGCUGAUCAGUACCAAGUUGGAAAUUUUUUCGGAUUCCAGGAAGAAAAUAUUAACUUCGAGGAUGGUAACAGCAACAAUAAUAAACAUGAAAUUUCAACUACUUAUGAUUUUAAUCCUGAUAAAGCAUUCAUAGGCAACAGAAAAAUUUCUCCAUUAAUGGGUGUACCAUUUGCACAUAACUUCAAUGCUGAUGUUAGUGUCGCUAAAGAACUUGAAAAUAAAUUGGAAAAAGUGCAGAACACAAGGAUUAAGUACAUCAUACCGAGAGUUUCACCGGCUUUUACAAAAUCACAAAACAUCAACAUGCAAGCUCUCAUGAGGCCUACUAGUUCAGCAGUUCAUUCAUUAAAGAAUAACAACCUAUACUCUCCUAUCGAUUUUUCACCAAUGAUGCAAGAAGAGGAGUCUCAGAAAAGAUCAUAUUUGAACAUGAAGUACCCAUUAGUGUGGCGAGGUGCCAUAACAUUAAAGACCAGCUGUUACUGGACCGACGUGCGUUUCAUUAGUGGCGCCAUCAGUUUGGUCCAUAGGUUGAUGGAUAACCCUUCAAAAACGGCAGACGAGAAAGUUCUAAAAAUAACCCAGAGACUGAGAUUAGAUAUGCCACAUACGAUGGAAGAACUUGAGAGAAGAAUCAACUCAGUGGGACGUAGCGGAUCGUGCGUUCUCAUCGCUGGCGUUCCGACAUCAAUCAACUUCGAUCCGGAAUCAACCCCUUAUUCGGAAUUACCUCUUAGUAAGUUGUGCGCAUUCCUGAAGGAGACACAAUUUGCGGCUGUCGUUUCGUUGAUUGUGGAAGAUGGCGGCGAUAAAGAUCAAUCAGCUAAACCUUACAAAGGUCUACUGCAUAUAUUCCCCGUUUGCGAUAUUUCCCUAAAAUUUUUGAGGGAAGAAGCCCCAGACUUGGUCGAAGAAUUUAGAAGCAGAGAUGAGUUAUUGAUGAUUCUCAUUAAGGAUACUGAAAAUAAUUGAAUGAUUUUGUCGACGUAAUAGCAGUAGAAAAUGAAACUAAUGUUAACAAAUAUUUCAUGAGGAAUAUAUAUAUAUAUAUUCAUUGUACGUUCAUGCAUAAACUCAGAUAUAAUUAAUCGUAAAGAUACUAGUUGUCAACGAUACAUUGACGAUGAUUUAAUUGAAUUCUUUUCAAUUGAUAGAAUUUUUUAUCUGACUUCUAAUAAAUUUCGUUUUUUUCUGUAAUACGGACAAGAAUUCAUAUAUAAAUGUAAGCAUGCUCUGUGCGUAAGUGUGUGUGUGUACGUAUGUACCAUUUUAAAAAAUUCAUUUUUUUUGUAGAGGAAGGUUAAUGUUUUUUUUUUCGAUUUUUCAUUUGUUUCAUUAAAUGUUCAU